AUGUUUCGCAGCGUUCCCCCCAGCCCUGCCGACCCUGUGUAUCUGCUCUCACAGCGAGUGAGACAAGACACUGCUCCCGAGAAAGUCGAUCUCGGUGUAGGUGUUUACAGGAACGAGAAGGGACAAUAUCACGAACUUCGGGUGCUGAAGGCGGCAAAGCGGAUCCUCGCACAGCAAGACGCAAAUCACGACUACGAAGUGACAACCGGCAACGCAGCCUUCCUGACCAACGCCGCGAAAGUGCUGUUCGGGCGAGAAGCGGAGAUUCUGUCUUCAAAGAGAGUGACUUCUGUACAAGCUAUCUCCGGCACAGGCGCCAUACACCUCGGCGCGCUGUUCCUUGCUCGCACGCCUGCGUUCAAGGGGAAAAAAGUCUACGUCGGCACGCCGGCGUGGGGGAACUAUGUCCCGCUAUUCAACCUCGUUGGGCUCGAGGUGGUGACGUAUAGGCACUACGACGCGUCAAAGGGAACGGUGGAUCUUGAGUCUAUGCUUGAAGCUACGAAGACGGCGGAGGAGGGGAGCAUAUUCGUGCUGCAAGGGUGCUGCCACAACCCGUCUGGCGCGGACUUCUCGCCUGCGCAGUGGGAUGAGUUGGCUGAUGCGAUGGAGGCGAAGAAGCUGUUUCCGCUGUUCGACAUGGCGUACCAAGGCAUGGGUGCGUCACUGGACGAAGACGCGUAUGGGCUGCGGUUGUUUGCAAAUAGGGGCUUCGAGCUCCUGGCUUGUCAGUCGUUUUCGAAGAACUUCGGACUGUAUGGGGAAAGAGUUGGUGUGCUGCAUGCUGUGAGUCAAGAUGUAGAAGUCGCGUCGAAGGUGCACGAGAGGCUAAGAUGCUUGAUUCGGUGGGAGUUUUCGUCAAGCCCGGCGUACGGCGCGCGGCUGGUGAACAUUGUGCUCAGCGACGGCAAGUUGAGGCAGGACUGGGAGACAGAAUUGGCGAGGAUUCAGAAGCGGCUUGCGGACAAUAGGAGGGCACUGCAUGCGGAGCUGGCUGGAAAAUGGAAGGCUCAAGGCAACUGGAAUUCGAUUCUCUCUUCGAGUGGCCUGUUCUGCUUCCUCCCGCUGAGUCCGCAGCAAUGCAAGCGCCUCGCCGACGACUUUCACAUCCACAUGCUGCAAAACGGGCGCAUCAACGUGGCGGGGCUGAACGCGAGCAACAUCGAGCACGUAGCUUCCGCUCUCGUCAAGGUGACAGGCGCGCCGUCAUCGCGCCUGUAAGUCUCUAUCGGCCAGCCAGACGGAUCGUAAUCGCGAUAUCUGGAUUGUGUUGGUGCGAUGUUGGGAGCGGAAGGGUGCCCGACAUGCUUCCCGGAUCGGCGACCGGUGGCCAAUGCGCGCGCUAGACUCAAAAGCACCGCAUUUUCCGGGGGAAUGAACGGCUCCGCAUGUAGAUAUAAGCCGAAGAGGCAUGGUUGAUGACGUGUGACUUUGAAGAAACUCUUGCAAGAUAGCGGGAUG